AUGACUCUCUUCAAUCCGAUCUCUAUCCUUGUGGGACUCCUCCUCCUAUACCUCUCGUCCUUCUUCGUCUUCGCGAUCGUUCGCAUUGCUACCGGAAUAUCUAUCCAACGCAUCGGAUACUUCUCGCUUCGCCGUAUUUCCUAUGCUCCGAAACAGGGACUCGCUAUUGAGAUCCGAGGGUUGGGGUUCUCGCUACAUCCCCCCUCCUUCGCGCAGCCAACAUGGAUCAGUAUUCGCUUGACAGAAUUGAAGGUUACGGUGGAUAAUGCAACUCUAGCUAAGGAAAAAGUGGAACAACCGGAAGAUUUACUAGGAUCGUCUGUGCCAGGAAGUCCGGUCCCCGACGAGUACUCGGCCCCCGAGUCGUCCCCCCGGCGGAGCAAAACAUGGAAGAGUUUAACCCGGAUGAAGGAGCGCCUCAAACGUUUGCAUCGACAGAUCAACUGGCUCGCUCUCGUCGACCUCACCGCAGUCAACACUUCGAUAAAUUUUGUCGAUGCCGGCCAAGUCCAGGUCGGCUCUGUUUCGCUUGCUGUGGAUACUCGGAGUAAGAUGGUGGAGCGUGGGAAGCUAUUCCGCCGGAAGAAGGACAUGUCUCAAGAAAAGCGCCCGGCCGAGUGGAUCAUGAAUGUUCAGAAUGUCUUGCUCGCCGUGAAUGGUCGUGAACCGACGGAGAUUCUGGAUCAUGUCGGUGUCAAUCUCCAUGGGCUGCUUCACAAAGACCUUGAGGGUCUUCGGGAUGCAUCCGUGGCGCUCAAAAUUGGUCGAUUGCAUGUGCCUUUUGACGAUAUCGAAUUGUUGCAGCAAAGGAUCAAAUCCGCGCGGCGACCUGCGAAAGGCCUAGUUCGGACUGAAACAGAUGAUGAGAUGUCAUUCGCAGACUUUGUGGAGGAACUCGACAAGCCAGGUAGCCGCGAUGACAGUAUUGUGCAAGCGGUGGCAGAUUCCAAAGAAUUCGCGAGCUCCAUUUUGCGUGGGAUCCAGGAGAUCCAAGUGGCUCUGAGUUUCUUCAGACUCUCUCGAUCAGUCUCUCCUGGUCCAAACCCAGUGUUCUUGAAUGUCGUCUCCCAUGAAAUUGGCGUUGACUUGCACCGAAUGGACCAAAAGAGCCCAGAACAUCGCAUGUACUUCCAGCGAGGUGAUGUCGCUCAUCAAGCCCUGCUUGCUGCCAUUUCCGUCUCUGUGAGUCUCGACGAUAACUCGGGCGAGCCUGAUAAUGUUCUCUAUAUCCCUAUGGCUACGACGACAAUCAAAACUACAUUGCCUGCAAAGACGGUGAGCGCGUUUGAUGACUCCAAUCCGGAGGAGCGGAACUCCAACAUCCUGUUUGCGAAUCUCGUCAUCACUUCACCGUCCCUGGAUAUGCAGCCUCAACACGUUUCUCGGUUGUUGAAGCUGGUACAAACUCGAGCAUCGAACCCUCGAGUGAAAAAGCGAAGCAAUCAUCAUUUAAUAUCUCGCUUACUGCCUAAGGCAAGCAUCAAGCUAUCCGUCCACGAGCCCGUGGUUCGAUUCGUCUUGCCGGUGGAAGAAGACGCAUCCGAUGAUUACAACCUUUUGAUCUCCUCCAUUUCUUCUAUUUCUCUCGACAUUGAGUCUUCCCACUCCUCAGAAGGUGGAGCCCACUAUUCUCUGUCGUCCAUUUACCGGGUGGCCUCUCACAAAUUCUACUACCAAACCCCUGCUGGAGAUAAACAUAAUUUGCUUACAACCGAGAGCCUGGAGCUAAAGGCACAUCUCAAUGCAAGCCCUGAAGUUUGUGUGAUAGCUUCUGGAAGUCUGAAUGAGUGUUCUGUUCACAUGAUUCACGCCGAAGUGAACCGUGGAAUUCGUGAAGUUCUUCAACAGUUCCGAACUCACCUACAACCGCAGAAAAAGCGGGCGGUUCCUCCAAAUGAGCUCAAGACAAGUCCCAUCAGGAAGAUCCCUCCUUGGCUCCUUCAAUUCACAUUCGAGGCAACUGGUACUAGUCUUGAAAUCGCCGGUGUGGACUCGAGUGUGUCUGAUAUCUCACGCGGAGUUUCCUUGCAGUUACAGUCAUGGACCGCAGACUAUAAGGCACAGAAAACUGAGCACAGCGUGGGCAGCAUAUCAAGGCGGCGUACUUCUAGUCAUUCCACACUUGGGGACGAAUCUCCCUUCAGAUUUACCCCAACCUCGCCCCCAAAAAAUGCUCAGCGUGGCGCAACAGAUGGUCGACGCCUGGCUUUCCAUGUACGGGGAUUCGAUGUGUUUGUCAUUGAGUCUGAUGAUUAUCUUGAACCAGAGGCUUUCUUCUCCAUGCCUCGGUUUGAGAUCGCAUUGAGCACGCAUACUGAUCGCAUGGGGCCGGUGUUACAUGUCAACUCUGUCUUCAAGGGUGUCUAUCUUCAAUAUUCCCUUUACCGGUUCUACUGUCUUGGAGUUGCUACGUCGGUCAUCCAAGACGUUUUUACUCCUCUUCCGAAGAAGAGUCAGGAUCUGAAGGAAAACACCGAGGCGCUCCGAGCAUGUCAUUCCCUCCGCCUCCAGCGUCGCCACCAUCUCCAAGGCAUGAGUUUAUCACGGUCGACGUGA